CUUUAUUUUGAAAGCGGUUCCACUGUGUACCAGAAGAGGGUAUCCCGCAGGUUCCUGUCUCAGCAGCUCGUGACUGGAGUUUCUCACCAUGUUUGACCCGGACAUGUCCUACGUCCACCGCACAGAGGACGAGGCGUUCCCUCCCCUCCCCCCGCCUCACUCCCCGGGACAGGGGGGACACGAGGACAGAGAACCUUUUGGAAACGAAGAGGACGAUGAAGGCAACGUGUCCAAGCUGGAUGAGGUUCCUGCUGCCAAAAGGAAGGGAGUGAAGAGGCCGCAGCCCAAACUGGACUCUCAGAGGCUGAUCUCAGCGAGAGGACUUCCGGCUCUGAGGACCAUGUUUGACGACGUCCACUUCAAGGGCAAAGGACACGAGGCUGCAGAUCUGCGGCUGCUGAUGCAGAAGAUGGAGAACUGGGCUCACAGGUUGUUUCCCAAACUGCAGUUUGAAGACUUUAUCGACAAAGUGGAGAAACUGGGCAACAAGAAGGAAGUGCAGACCUGUCUCAAACGGAUUCGACUGGACAUGCCUCUGACACACGAAGACUUCGGUAACGAGGGUGAAGAAGAGGCAGCAGCUCAACUGCCCCUCUUUGAAGAUCCUGAUCCAUUUAGUGGAGUGAGCUUCAGUAACGAGGUCCAGAGACCCACCCACUCUACGCCCGCUCCAGCUGCUCCCCCGCCAGCCGCCCCCCCCUCCCUCACCGAGGAGCAGCAGCGGCGCAUGGAGCUGAACCGACAGCGCGCUCUGGAGAAGAGGCUGGCCCGCCACACCAAGCAGGAAGCAGACUCUGACUCUCAGGCCGUGGACACGUCAGCAGACGAACCAGCGUCGGUGUCUUCUGCAAAUGUCCUCAACAAGUCCAACGAGGACGAGGAGGGGAGGGAGCCGGACAGCAGCAGCACACAACCACCCAGCCAGGCUCCACCCAGCCAGACUCCACCCACUGACCCACCCAGCCAGGCUCCACCCAGCCAGACUCCACCCAGCCAGGCUCCACCCAGCCAGACUCCACCCACCGACCCUGAAGCUUCAGCCGAGUCCAGUCAGUGCGAGGAGGAGACCAGCCAGCAGCCAAUCAGCAACGAGCCUGAGGACACAGACUAGUGUGUGUCUGUGUGCGUUCAAAUACAAACUGUUCAAAAUGUAUUUUUAUCUGAGACAAGAUUAAAGAAUGAUUCCAUA